CAUGAAUACCCUAAAAAGAAACCGGUCGUAGCCAAUAAACUUACCGGUUCGCGAAACAAUCUCAAACCGAAAAACACUUAAACACAUCUAUCCCAAUUCUAGUUUAAUUGGUAUUUUGACGCGGUAAGACGCGUUCACAAGCCAUCAUGGUGAGUCCCUUCUGAUAUUUGACCAUUUUGAAUAUUUUCAUCUCUAUUGGUCGCAGUCUCUGCCGGCUUAGACGUCUACAUCGGCGCCUAAUCCCUAUUUUCGAUUAUAUCCGAUGUUCCAUGUUCCUUGUCCGCUUACAAACCGAGUUCAUCUUGGCGAAUCAACUUAUAUGAAUUCUCAUGUUAUACAAUUAUGAGUGAGCACUUCGAGAAGGUUUACUAACAAGAUGAUGCAGUCUCAACUAGACCCAGUACCGAGUAAUCUUCCCUUCCGAUUCAUAUCCAAAUCAAUCGGACGCGGAGCAUAUGCAUCCGUCAGAAAAGCCGUACCCCUGGAUUCAAACACACCAGUCUUUGCUGUUAAGUUGAUUCAUAAAGGCUAUGCAAUGGAACAUGGCCACAUCUCAGCGAAGCAGAUUGCCAUGGAGGUUUCCCUACAUUCUCACGUUGGUCAGCACCCCAACGUGAUUGAGUGGUUUGCUACAGAUGAAGACCGCGUCUGGAGAUGGAUAGCAAUGGAGUAUGCCGAGGGUGGUGAUCUCUUCGACAAGAUUGAGGCCGAUGUAGGCGUCAGCGAGGAUAUCGCUCAGGUCUAUUUCCACCAGCUCAUCAGCGGAGUAAGCUUCAUUCAUUCAAAGGGUGUCGCUCAUCGAGAUCUCAAGCCGGAGAAUAUCCUCAUGUCGGAUAACGGCAACUUGAAAAUUGCGGAUUUCGGCAUGGCUACAAUGUUCGAAUACAGAGGUCAAAAGAAGCAAAGUGUUACCAUGUGCGGCAGCCCUCCUUACGUUGCUCCCGAAGUCUUGGUAUGUGGCCGGCAGGAGAGGAAGUCUGGUAUCGAACUCGUGAAGUAUUCUCCCGAGUUAGUCGAUAUAUGGUCGUGUGGCGUCAUCCUGUUCGUAUUACUCGUGGGAAACACGCCGUGGGAUGAGCCAACAAAGGCGAGUUGGGAGUUCAUAGAGUAUAAGAAGACGAAUGGCCGAAGUUCAGACGAUCUAUGGAAAAGGGUACCAGCAGAGGCACUAUCGCUACUCAGAGGCAUGAUAAACAUCGAGCCGAAGAAGCGAUUUUCCUUCGCCCAAAUACGCCAACACCCUUGGUUCACCCGCCACAACGAAUUCCUAGCUGCAGACGGUCAGAUCACCGACCCCAUAAAUCUAGCAACGAGGAUGUUAGAGAACCUACGUAUAGACUUUAGUCAGCAACCUCCUUCAUCUCAGCGCGGAUCACAGUCUUCGGCCGAUGCCAUGGACAUAGACAAUGGUCUUACCAAGAUGGCAUCCACCCAGCCAGAAGCGCCAAUUAACGACGUCCUAUUCGACUGGGAAAGACCUGCCCUACGUACAUUAGCCGUAUCUUCAACCCAGCCUAUGUCUCGAGCGGACGCAACACUGCCACCUUCGGCAACUCAGUCCACAAACUUCUUUGACGCCUUGGCCGAAGAACCCUCCAUGAGCCAGUUCUCUCAGACACCCGGAGUACCGAUGACUCUCACUCAGCGUGCACAGCGAUUCAAGGACAUCGUCCCUGCGCAUUCGUUCACACGCUUCUUCUCACCCAUGCCGCCGCAGCUACUCGUGCAAAUGCUCUGUGAUGCAUUGCACAACCUUAACGUGCCGCUGCCAUCCCAGGCUCCGCACAUCGGCCAGGGCGACCAUGUGUCCGCGCUCAAGGUCAGGACCACGGACGACAGGAAGCAGAGUUUACACGGCGAGAUUCUUAUUGAUAAGUACUUCCUCCCCGAGUCGCAGGAGCUUCUCGAGGUGCGUUUCGUCAAGCUGAAGGGUGAUCCCCUCGAGUGGAGACGAUUCUUCAAGAAGGUCGUGCUGCUGUGCAAGGAAGGUGUGUACAAACCGGAGGCUUAGAGAGACCACCCGGUUGGCCCGGUUGACCCGCUUGCCGGACGAAUGGAAUUUAAGGAUUCCCCACUCGUCGUAAGGGGGAGUGACGAAGACGAACCUAGGUUCAUACCCUAGAUGGAGGUACGGCGUUGCUUAAUGAAUUAAGCGUAGGGUUAGGGAAAUUUGCAUGGCGGCCACUGCGUUAGGGGAUCUGCUUCAUGACACAUUUAGCUAUGGGAAGAACGAUGCCUGGCAUGACUGGGCGUGGUAUCAUACGACUGCAUUUUCGUAGCUGAAUGAAUAUAAAACGAAUGAACUAAA